AUGGCAUCGUAUAACCACACAGAUCAUUUAGCACUGAGUGUUCCAAAUAGAGGAGCAUGUUAUUUUCUUGACCACAUUGUCCACAAAUUGGCUGCGGAAACGAAAGCUGACGUACUAGUACUUGAUCCUCAAGAUUUUGUAUUUUUAGCACAACAUAGUUUCAGUAGAGAUGCUGCCACGAUAUUACCGUUAUUAUCAUCCAUUGACCCAGAAUCAAAUGCAUUAUUGGCACUUGGACAAAAUGACGGCGAUUCAAAUAUGGAUGAUGAGGAUGAGAGUAUUAUCGAUAAAGCAGAAGGUGGAGGAGCAGUUGAAAAGUUUAAAAAAGAUGAAGAUGAGGAGAGCGAAGAAGAAUCCUAUGAGGACGAGGAAGAGGACGAGGAAGCAGCAAAGAUUCAUAAUUCCAGAACGGUGGAAUUGGAUCUAGCAGAUUUGUUCGAUGAAACCAGCGAUAAAGAUAAUGAGAUACAUAAGGUAUCUAAAGCUGUGUUAAACCAGGUGUCUACCAAAUACACACACAUGUUUAAGCAUCUGUUGGCGGCUUCGGAAGGCGAAAAGAUAAUUUAUUUGCGAGACUUUGGUGCCAUGAAGGAUGCAUUUACGAGAAUUAUGUUAAAGUCGUUAGUAACGGCGGUAGAGGAAUUAAGACAAAAGGGACAGAAGGUCAUGAUUGUAGCCUCUCAUUGUAAUACCAAUCAAAAUGAAAAUUACUACAUUCCAGCUAUCGCUAAUAUGCGUCGUAUUUCUGUACUCCCAUUACUGCAGGAUGAGGUUCAUUUAAAUGAUUGGAAGACAGUCAUGAAGAGCGAUGAAGAAAGGAGAAUUACCGAAAUUAAUGCUAAACAACUGUUAGCCAUGUACAGUCAAAAGAGUCCGUUAGAUAUCGAAAGAAGCCAGGACUUGCUAAAAGACUUGUUGGGGUUAAAUAAUAUUUCCAAAUCCAUCUGGUCACCCAGUGAUGUAGAUCGACGUGUGACAACCGCUAUAGGUCAUGCCCUUGAGCACAACAAGACAGACUUGGAUUUCGAGGAUUUUAAGGUCGCUCACGGUAUAGUUGAACAAGUGUCCGAUCUUAAAGAGAAAACAUGGAAGCAAUUCAAAAAUAUUGGUACUCCCCUUGUAUUGCAAAAGGACGGGAGUGUUGAUAUGAAUGUCUUGAAAAGAAGUUGUAAUGAAUACGAAAAGAAACUUUUAGGAAGAAUGGUAGACCCCUCCAAAGUCCAAGGUUCUUUCAAAGACGUUCGUGCACCACCUCUUACAAUAGAUAGUCUUCAGUCACUGAUUUCGUUACCGUUGAUUCGUCCAGAUCUGUUUAAAAAGGGCAUUUUAAAGAAAAACUUUAUUCCUGGUGUAUUGUUAUUCGGGCCGCCUGGUACAGGAAAGACUAUGUUGGCAAAAGCAGUAGCAAAAGAUAGUGGGAGUCGGAUGCUUGAUAUUCAAGCAAGUGAUGUAUAUGAUAUGUACGUUGGGCAGGGCGAAAAGAAUGUGAAGGCAGUGUUUUCUUUAGCGAGGAAGCUCUCACCCUGUGUUGUAUUUAUCGACGAAGUUGAUAGUUUAAUGAACAAACGCGGUUCAGAUUAUUCUUCUAAAUCUCACCGAGAAAUUAUUAAUCAGUUUAUGGUUGAAUGGGAUGGUUUAUCUAGUAAUAAUCAAGGUGUCAUUGUUAUGGCAGCAACUAACAGGCCAUUUGACUUGGAUGAUGCAGUGCUGAGACGUAUGCCUAGACGCAUUUUAGGUAACUUUUUAUUUAUGUUUAUGUUCGACUUGCCUAAUGUGGAAGAUCGUGCAGAGAUAUUAAACAUUUUGUUAAAGGACGAAGAACACCAAAUAUCAGUAGAAGAACUAGCCAAAAAAACGGAACAUUACUCGGGUUCGGAUUUGAAAAAUGUAUGUGUGACAGCAGCUCUCACCGCCGUCCAACAGCAAGUGAAGACAAAUAUGUCUCAGUCUUUGAAUAUGGAUCAUUUCAAUACCGCUUUAAAAAUGGUCCCACCUAGUUCUAGUGAAGAAAUGGAUUCUUUGAUAGAAAUCAGAAAAUGGGACGCUAAAUUUGGUGAUGGCAAGAAGAAGAAGAAAUCUAACAUUGGCUUUUCAGAUUAG